ACAAACACGCUGCCUGCGCACAGUCCGUCCGUUCAAGGAGGCGCGCGUGUUUGGAGAGGAGGCGCAGUGUGUUGUCUACCUCUGACGGUCACACAGGUUGCAUCACUUAGGCCACUAACUUUCCAUGAGUGAGUGUGUCAUUUUUUGUAUUUUUUUUACUCAUGUCAUUUUAAUCUAGGCUGAGACACCUCUCCUGGAAACUGCUGAGUGCGCGCGCCGGAUGCUUUGGGUGAACAGGUGGCGCAGGCUCCGGGUCCUCUUAAUUUGUUAUUAGGGGCGAGACGCAGACGCAACGGAGUUAACGCACUUUGCUGGACGCUAAGCAUUUAAUACCUGCCUUAAAAGAAGGUGGGGCACAGGACUCGUGCGCAUUUCUCUCCCUUGCGAAAGGAGGCAUUUUGACAAGGGAUGCCAGUUGCAGACAGCGACAUGGUAGUGGACAACAGCCACGCGCUACAGGAGGGUAAAACCCCGAACAGUGCCGGGAACGAGAACAUCCUCCCGGCUUCGCUUGGCAGCCCCGCGGCGGACAUCCUCAAGAACUUUUACCACACCAAACGGGUGGGAAACUAUCUGAUCGGGAGGAAGCUGGGAGAGGGAUCCUUCGCUAAAGUUCGAGAGGGUCUCCAUGCUUUGACUGGGGAGAAGGUGGCUGUGAAGGUGAUUGACAAGCGGAAGGCCAAAAAGGACUCCUAUGUGACCAAGAACCUGAGGAGGGAGGGCCACAUUCAGCAGAUGAUCCGGCACCCCAACAUCACGCAGCUGCUGGACAUCUUGGAGACGGAGAACAGCUACUACCUGGUGAUGGAGCUGUGCCCCGGCGGCAACCUCAUGAACCGCAUCUACGACAAGAAGCGCCUGGACGAGAGGGAGACUCAAAAAUACAUCCGGCAGCUGGUGCUGGCCGUUGAACACCUGCACCGGGCGGGUGUGGUGCACAGGGAUCUGAAGAUCGAAAACCUCCUACUAGAUGAGCAGGACAACAUAAAGCUCAUAGAUUUUGGCCUCAGUAACUGUGCUGGCAUCUUGGGAUACUCGGACCCCUUCAGCACCCAGUGUGGAAGUCCCGCCUACGCUGCCCCAGAACUGCUCUCCAGGAAGAAGUACGGGCCGAAGGUGGACGUCUGGUCCAUUGGUGUGAAUAUGUAUGCAAUGCUGACUGGGACUCUCCCGUUCACCGUGGAGCCCUUCAGCCUUCGAGCGCUCCAUCAGAAGAUGGUGGACAAGGAAAUGAACCCCCUACCUCCAUCACUUUCAACAGCUGCCAUUUGUUUGCUGAAGAAGCUUCUUGAGCCAGAUCCCAACAAGCGCCCAAACAUCCACCAGGUGAUGGCCGACUCGUGGUUACAGCUGGCCAACAAGAACACAGGCGCGCCGUACCUCAACAGGAUCCACAUUGAAGAAAUAAACCACACGGUGUUGCUGCACAUGACGGAGAAGAUGAGCUACAAGCACAGCGAAGUGCUGAGCGCCGUUCUUACGAAUCGCGCUUGCCAUACUUUGGCUGUUUAUUUCCUCCUUAACAAGAAAAUGAAGCGACUUUCCAAAGAAUACAGGGAGAUGCAGUUCCAAGAAAAGAAAAAAGGAGAGAAGCAAAAAAGCGAAUACUUCCAGACCCAGUGGAGGAAGCACGUCGACAAGCUCACCAUCCCCCCAAAGCAGACACCUGUCUACCUGGCUGUCAGCAAGGGGCCCAGCAAGGAGAAAAAACACAGAACAGGGCUCUUGCGUGCCAUAACUGGUGGCCAUCGUAACUCCCCUCUGGCACCGCCCGGCACCGUGGCGUCCUCUUCAAUGGAGUAUUUGGAGAUCCAUCCUCUCUUUCCCAACACGCCACAGCAACGAAGACGCUUAGCCACCCUCCCACAAGUCAACACGAGCCCAGAACACAACAUUCCUGCACCGCCGGCACCGUCACCGAUCGGCAUGCACUCCUUUGGCUCUCUCGCCAAAGCUGAACAAAUCGAAGACACCCCCUCCACACCCUGGUACAAACUGACCAACGGGACUCUAUCCCCUCCUCGCCAUGUCUCUGCCUUCCAGCCAGACUCCUCGUAUUUGAAAAAGGCCACAAUCCCCAGUCCUCCUGUCCUCAUUGUAAACCCACAGCCCAAGAAGAGCAUCUCAUCUGAUUGGUGCGGUUCCUCUGACACCAGCGGAAGCCCCCCGAGCACUGUGGGCAGUCCCCCAGGAAGCUCAGCUUUUAGCCCUCCGAAAUCUGCCUUCAGCCCCCUCAAUCCCACCUCGGCCUUCAGCCCUCCUUCCAACAACAGCAGCAGCAGCGAUCCCGAGAGCCCGACCCACCGCAGCAAGUUCCCUUCGAUGGGAAUCGGACAGAUCCUGAAGAAGAAGGUCCAGCUGCAGCCGUUCACUUUCCGGCCGGAACAAGUUGUUGAAGAAGUGGUUUCCCCGCCUCCCUACCCCAUGCAAACGCUCCUCUGUGCUUCAGGCGCACUGAAAACCCUUUGCUGAGGGACAAAAGACAAAAAAAAAAGAAGAAAGAAAGAAAGACAGUCUGAAUUUGAGGCCCCUCUUAACAUUUUUUGUUGAAGUUGGAGAGGUCUUCCAGAGCGGCCUUGUGAACUGUGAACUGUCCCUUUAUUGCUACUGAGCCACUUUUCAUGUAGACCGAAUAGUUAAAAAAAGAAAAGGGAGAGGGUAUAAAUUAGUGUAUCUGAUCACCGCUCUUGUUAUGUAAUAGGAAGUGAUGACACUGAGAAGAUGAGAUUUAAAAUGGAUCCCUGAGCAAUGACUAACCCUCUUUGUGUCCUAGAUACUGAGUGGACCUGGGACAUCAUGUAACAUGGGCCUUGCUAAUAAAAUGUACACUUACGCACACACUCACACACAUGCGUGCACACACACACACACACACACACACACACACACACACACGUACACAUACAUGUGUACAGACAAAACACUGUAUUAUAGACCAAGUUAUAGAUACUCUGUUAUAUAAUAUUACUGUAACUGGUUACUAAUUGAGCAGUAGACUGAUUCACACCAGCUAACAGACCCCAACGUUUACCCUGACCCUGAUUACAUGUUUAAGUGUUACGUCUGUGUAAAAAAAAAAAAAAAAACUCUUGUAUGAUAGCCACUUUCUUCCAGCUGGCUGGCACUGUAUCCUAAAUGCUGACUGGAGGAAGAAGCUCACUGCACUAUUCUUGAAAACCAAAACCUAGAGUAACAAUGGUGUUUUACCAUCUUUUACCUCACUGCAUUAUUCAUACAUAAAUGUAGAAGUGCAGCGUGACAUGCUAGUGUGGAUUGUGCCACUGUCGCAGUGUUUUAAAUUGUUGCCAUUAGAAUCAACACGGGAGAAAACAAAAAAAAAAAAAAAAGAAGUAGGUACCACGCGAGUCAUACUCUCACUUUUUUAUAGAAUUCAUGAAGUGUCACUGAUAAUUCGUCACGAAUAACUUUUUUAUACACAAGUACUACACCACCUCUAUGACCCACAGGGAAAACUGUUCAAGUGUUUGAUAGAACUUUCUCACUGCAGGUAUUGGCUGUUCAGUCAGUUUUGAAAAAAAGAAAGAAAGAAAAUAGCUGAAAAAAAAAAGAAACUCCUUAUAAAGCCUUAUGUAACUGAUCAACCUCACCAAAGGCUGAGGGUGUGAAGGUGGGGGGGGGAGAACUGCUACUGGCACUACUACACAACUCUCGCGAAAAUACUUCACUUCCUUUUGUCUUAAUGCUGUAGUGUGUGCAAUAGUCUUACGUGUUAACUGCAAUUGAUGAGUAUUUGCCAAGAGCUCUGUUGAGCGCAAAGUGAAAUUUGUUGUAAAUAACAGUACAAGCUCCCGUGUUACCGUCAGCUGUAGCAUUCGAUACGAGGGGAUUUCUUAAAUGUUUUAUGGAUUUGACAUUUUUUGCGUCGUCGGUUGACCCUACAAAAUGGCUUCCACAGGCACGAGGCUCCUCACUGUUAAAAUCCUGUAAAGUCUCUUCCUGUCUAAAAGAAAAGUUGCAUGAGUCAAACUGUACUGUCAACUUUUGAAAUUAUGUCUGUGUAGGUUUUUUUCUGGUUGAUACUGAGAUUGAUACAGACUCGGGGGUGGGGUCUUUUGUAAGAUUUUGUAACGGAAGGUUUUGUUUGAGUGUCGGAGAGAUUUCUAUGCUGUAUAAAGUAUUUUAAAUAUUUAUACUGAA